UUUUCAAAGCUGCUGUUUACCCACUGAAAAUCACUCGAAAAAGCAGCGGAUCCCGAUGGCAUGGACACUUAUGCAAGGUCUGCCGCGCUGCCGUGCUACUGGAGCCUACUUGCUGUCACUUCAUUCAACCCAGCUCCAUCGCCAUCGCCCCGCAGCCGAGAGAGCCCUGCCGCAACGCGACCAGCGACCACCGAGCCAAAGCAGGCGGCAUGAGGCUUGAUUCAGUACAUUUAUCCAUGCUGGUCAUCGGGGUCUCAUUCGCCUGCUACUCCCCGAGUUUGAAUUCCCUGCAGGACCAGGCUUACAAAUCCGCCGUGGUGAUCGAGGGAAAGGUGCAGUCUACGCCUGUGAACGUCUCCUCGGAGCCGUACCGUGUAAAUGUCAAAGUGCUGGAUGUUUGGCCCCUAAACAGCGGGGGUCUGGAGCGAGAACAGCUCGUCACCGUAGGGGAAUUUGGAUCUGAGGCUCCGUGCACCAAAGUGAAGAAGAACCACAAGUACAUUUUUUUCAUGGACCCCACUGACGAGCCCUUGGUUUUCAAGGCAUCGUUUGCGCCUCUGGACACGAGUGGAAAGAACCUAAAAAAGGAUGUUGGGAAGAUCUUGUGUGAGGACUGCGCUGCGGCUCCAAAGUUAAAACCGAUGAAGAAUCCAAUAAUAGUGGACGAGGGAAGCAAGCUCAUCGUUAAGUGUGAGGCCACAGGGAACCCUCUCCCUACCUACAGAUGGUUCAAAGACGGUAACGAGUUGAAGAAAAGCAGCAAAGUCCGAAUAAAGAACAGCCGGAAAAACUCCAGAGUCCAGAUCAGCAGAGCAGAAUUGGAGGAUUCUGGGAAUUACACAUGUGUGGUGGAGAACCCACUGGGAAAGGACAACUCCACAGGCACUGUUAACGUCCAAAGCAUAACCACAACACUAUCUCCAGGCUCAGGCCAUGCCAGAAAAUGCAACGACACAGAGAAGGCCUACUGUGUGAAUGGCGGCCACUGUUACUUCAUACAUGGUAUAAAUCAGCUCUCCUGCAAGUGUCCAAAUGACUUUACUGGUGAUCGCUGUCAAACCUACGUUAUGGCCAGUUUCUACCAGCAUCUUGGGAUUGAAUUUAUGGAGGCAGAGGAACUCUACCAGAAAAGAGUCCUGACAAUCACGGGUAUUUGUGUGGCUCUGUUGGUGGUGGGCAUCGUGUGUGUUGUUGCCUACUGCAAAACCAAGAAACAAAGAAAGAAGAUGCACAAUCAUCUGCGACAAAACAUGUGUCCAGAACAUCCCAAUCGUAACCUAGCUAACGGACCCAAUCAUCCAGGACCAGGCCCAGAGGAAAUCCCUAUGGUAGAUUACAUAUCAAAGAACGUCCCUGCAACUGAACGAGUCAUACGGCCUGCAACAGAGGGCUCAUUCCCGGCCAGCCAUGCCUCUUCCAGAUCUCACAACUCUUCCACACGAGCCCAUUCAUCACCUCACAGGCAUGAGGAACGAACAUGGAGCCUGGAACGUUCUGACAGUAUCCUCUCCGAUUCGCCGGGAAUGAUGUCAUCAUCCGUGGGGACCAGUAAAUGCAGCAGUCCUGCGUGCAUGGAAGCACGGGCUCGCCGUGCUGCACACUGUGGUUACUCUGACCCCCAUCGGCCGGGCCUACAGUACGGAGACUCUUUCGAUUCGCUGGGAGACUCUCCGCACAGCGACAGAUAUGUUUCAGCCCUGACGACACCAGCCCGCCUUUCACCAGUGGAUUUCCAUUACUCAUUGCCCUCGCAGGUGCCUACCUUCCAGAUCACAUCCCCCAAUGCCAGCCAUGCCAUGUCUCUCCCUCCUGCUGUCCACAAUCCCUACCCUCUGGAAGAUGACCAGCCUCUCCUGCGCCGCUACCAGGUGCCCCUACACGAUGCCCAGUGCCAGGAGCCCUACCGGCAGCAGCGUCGUACCUAUCGAAAUGACAGCAGGGGCAGCCUGCCUUCCAGCCCCUACCGGCUGGCUGAGGAAGAAGACUAUGAGACCACCCAGGAGUAUCUCUCCUCACGGGAGCAACCAAAGAGAAGUGGGUCCAGUGGAACUGGUAGCCGACGCUGGCGGAGAUCCAGACUGAAUGGCCACGUGGCCCCACGUGGAUAUGAGGCAUCUCGGGACUAUGGGUCUCGAAGCUGCCUAACAGAUAGUGAGUCAGAGGAGGACGGUGAGAGCACGCCCUUCCUCAGUAUGCAGAACAUGAAUGCCGAGCCCUCCACCAUCUACAGGCCGGUGGACAGUCGGACUUCUCACUCAUCAGGGCGGCACAGUGGGCAUGGGAACAUGCAUACAAGACUUACGCACUCACGCUCCAAACCGGACAAUACACCGCAUUAAAGAGUGAAAAUGAACCAACAAAAAUCAAUAUAGUAUAGACCUGCAUCUAUAAGAAAUAUUUUUAUUUUAUAUAACUGACAGAUAUUCUAAACAAAUGAAAUAUUUAUUUUCAUUUUAGCAAAAGUUGUCUACUAGUUAACAGCAAAGACUUUUUUAUAGGGAAAACUCUAUUUAUAUGUACAUUUUGAUUUACAGCAUAAAAAGAUGUGCCAGUUUUUUCACAACGUAAAAAAUAGAGUAAUAUUGUGGUGCCUUUUGCUGUAUGCCGAUGCCAGAGGGCCAGUGGAGGUUUUUGUAGCCUUUCUUAUAUGGACGCCUCAUUUUUUAUACACAUUUAUGUUUUUUUUCCUGUCUGGUUUCCUGUUUUACUUUCUUUCCAAGUUGCUUUUUUUGAGUCUAGCUCCACUGGAGCAUAACCCCUUCCAUGUCAUGCAAUAUAAACCACUUCAACAUAAAGUGUAUGUUUACAUUAAUAUGAUUCGCCUGUAGGGUUUAUGAUUUGGGAUCUAAUAGAGCGCCUGAUAAAUACAGUGUAGAUCCUUUUUGCCCUCUGAUUAAUGUCUACCGAGCGAGAGAGAAAGCGAGAGAUUGUGUGGUUGUGUGUGAGCGUAAAUGCUUGUGUGUGUGCGAGCGUGCAUGUCAGUCUGCUUGCAUGUAUUUGUGAUCGUUAGAUGAAUUUCAUUGUUUGUUGUUGUAACAUCAAAUGUGUGGGUCUACUGGUGUCUCAGCAGAGCUGACAGAAGAGUGUCUCAGAGGUUCACAGAAUAGUGCUUUAUCAGAACAGUGACCCCCCCAGUGUAGGUGGACAGGUAAGGCUGCUGUAGGGUUGUAUGUUAUGCAGGUCAUAGCUUGAUGUGUUUACAGCUAUUCUGCCCCUUUCCCAGCCUGCCCCAGUUAAGUCCUUUUUAUUCCCCACCAGGUUUUCCUCAUGUUAGUCUGUUAUGAGGCCAACAAACACUGAGCCGCUUGGCACAGGGUGACCCCUGUCAUCAGAGGUGAUGGCAAAACAAAAAGAUUGCAUCUGUUUUCACUCAACCUGGCCCCGAGUCCCAUUCCUCAUCAUCCUUCUGUGUCCAUUCUGUUUUUGUGGCCUGUGUUAAAGGCCACGCAGUGUCUCAGGAUUUCCACAUGCCACCCCACCCCCGCUCCCGCCCACCUCUUAAACCCUGUUCACCUCUUCCUUCAACUUAAGGUCUACCUAAGACUAAGGUUCUCAGAUAAUGAAGGCCUAAAUGUUAACAUCCCCAUGUCUACCAGUUCCCUGAACGCAUACCACACAGAGAGAAAGAAAGCCAGGCGGAAACAGCUCAGUGGAGAACAGUACAGAAGAUGCUAGACUAUAUAAAUGAAAUAGCUGUGAAACCUUGGAGGAUCAUACAAUGCAAAAAUAUGCAAACUUUCUAUUUUGCUGUUGAUUACAUCAUUUUUUAAGAGGUGACUGUAGUGUGUUGUGUGUAAAAAAAAAAAAAAAACUAUGUGAUGCCUAUAGUGUAGAAUGAGAUAUCAUGAUAUAAAUGCAUAUUUACAUGAGUUAGUUUUUAAAGCCAUUAUGCAGCCAUCUAUCAAGUUGUCAGCCUUUCUUGUGCGCAUACUCAUGUCCAUUGAAUGACUGUGUCCAUGAAUUAUGUUAUCACUUGGUUUUAGACCACCUCACUUUACAUGCACACUUCCAAGCAAUGUCUAAUAGCAUCCAAACAACGUCUCCUCCGAUAGUACUGCGUACUGCUUUGUCUUGCUGACAGAUCAUGUCAUUUCAAAUUUAGUCUGUAAGUGAUAUUAACUUUAAAAGUAAUCCAAAUCAUUUAAGCCCCCGUCCUCCACUGAAAGUAAAUAUUUCAAGAUAUUCAGGAAAUGUCAAACCCAUUAAAAGUAAGAGAGAACAGCUGAUGAUGUCUCGUCGCUGUUGGUUUGUUUCUAAUCCAAACAAGAAAAGCAAAGAAAAGAAAAACUGAAAAAACUGAAUGUACAAUUACCAAAUUAUUACUGGUUUAAAAUGACUCUUACAAAGAUUGAUCUGCAAUUUCAACUGCUAUACGGUAAAUGCACAGUGGUACUGUUACAGAGAAAGGUCUUUGGUCACACCUCACUUGCAGAUACUUCAUUGAGUUCCUCACCUCUGGGUCUAAUUUUAUAUGUCUGAAAAAAUGCAAAAGAAGACAGUGCUCCUCUAGUUUAAAUGUGAUACUCCCUUCACUUUACCAGUCCUCUCACCCAAUCGAGAUGGUAUCAGGCACGCCCUGCAAGUCUCCUCUGUUUAAUUUUAUGACCUCCCUUACCCCCACCUGAACCCCACCCUCGCUUGAAAUGUUUGAACACCUCCCUUCUGCAUGUCCUUGUGGUCACGGUUAGAUGGGUGCAUGGUAAAAAAGCAGCAGACAAUUCUUUUCCAGUCAGUGAAAGUGUAUUUCAUUUAACAUUCAGCAAUAAAAAAGAACCUUUCCCCAUGUCAUUCCUGAAAUAUGCUAGAAAAAAAACAGAAAAAAUGCGAGAUUGUCAUAGAUUGUAAAAUAAAAUGAAAAAUGAAUCCACCUGUUCAUAUGAGAAAAUAAAUCUUUAUUCAUAUCA